GACAUUGAAGAAACCUAAAGGGAAGCCUUGCCACAAACAGAGCUUGAGGUUUGAAACUCUCCGAGUCGACGGAAAGGCAGGACGAACCAUGGCGGAACCAGAGGAAGUCCCAGAGAUGACUGAGGAGGAGAGGCUGACGUUUGAAGUGAAGACACUGAAGUAUCAGCUGGGGCAGAAGAGGAUCAUGAUGUCGGAGUCCAUACCUGACUUGAUCAAGUUCGUGGAAGAACGCAUGAAGACGGACUACAUGCUGCACCCUCCUCCCAAGUCCAAGAACCCCUGGGCGGAGAAAAGCAAGUGUGUCUUACUCUGA